UGCCCCUAAUCCCGUUUUGCCCUUGUGUCGGCAAAUCUCCGGCGGAUGGAGAGGGAGAGAGUUUUGCUGGCACACGGGGCGGCUGGGUCUGUCUCCAGAGCAGAUGCCGGGGUUGCAGCCUCCUCCUCCGGCUUAUGUUGAUCCUGGUAAUCCAGAGUGAGCAAGGAAAAGGGAAAAAAAGAAAGGUUUUAGCGAACUGGUUGUCCGCCGCCUUUGUGCUCUGGAUUCUCCUUGGUGGUGAGUCCUGCGGUGGUGAGUUGGACUGUGGAGGGGCUGUGCCGUGUUUUGGAAGCUGGUGAAUUCCUUGCUGCUGCAGCUGCCUGUUCAGGAGCUCAGGACCCGGGUGUUUUCGGGCUGGGUCAUCGCACUCACCCUCCUGCUGAUGUGUGCAAGUUGCAGGUGUUACAGAGAAAAAUAGUCAACGUCAACCCAAUGGUCAUCAAGGAUAUGAACUCUGCUGUUUUUAUCUAGAUGGAUGAAAAGGUUAACAGCCCAGAAGGGGAGUUCCUUUUGUUUUCGAGAUGGCAGCAGCUAGUGGUGAAAGCCAACUGCAGCGGAUUAUCAGAGACUUGCAAGAUGCUGUGACUGAGUUAAGUAAAGAAUUUAAAGAAGGAGGGGAACCGAUCACAGAUGACAGUGGCAACUUGCAAAAAUUCUCCUACAAGCUUGAGUACCUUCUACAGUUUGACCAGAAAGAAAAAAGCACAUUGCUGGGCAACAGAAAAGACUACUGGGAUUAUUUCUGUGACUGUCUGGCAAAAAUCAAAGGAGCUAAUGAUGGAAUCCGCUUUGUCAAGUCUAUUACAGAACUAAGAACAUCUCUUGGAAAAGGAAGAGCAUUUCUUCGUUACUCCCUGGUUCACCAAAGACUAGCAGACACCUUGCAGCAAUGUUUUAUGAACACCAAGGUGACCAGUGACUGGUACUAUGCAAGAAGUCCAUUUCUGAAUUCCAAAAUGAGUUCUGACAUUGUGGGUCAGCUCUAUGAGCUCACUGAUGUUCAGUUUGACUUGGCAUCAAGAGGCUAUGAUUUAGAUGCUGCUUGGCCAGCAUUUGCCAGAAGGACACUGUCCUCGCUUGGAUCUUCAGCAUAUUUAUGGAAGCCUCCAAGUCGCAGUUCCAGCAUGAGCAGUUUAGUGAGCAACUAUUUGCAGGCCCAAGAGUUUCCCUCCAGCCCUGAUGUAAAUAGCUCACUAAAUGUUGAACACCUUGAGGGCUAUGAAGAGAUGCGUUUAGAACUUGACCAGGCUGAGCUGAGGCAGAGGGAACUUCAAGAUCGUAUUCACCAGCUAGAAAUGGAAAACCAGGAGCUCCAGGCAGCUGUCAGCCUUCAAAAAGAGCAAGUACAGGUAGAAAAGGAGAAGAGCAAUAACUACAGUGAGGAGAACUCCCGGCUGACAAAGAUGAUCACAGAGUUACAGAAGCAGUGUGAGGUCUCACACUCCACUCAGAGCACUGUCCAUGACCUGCAGAAGUGCCUACAAUCAUUGGAAUUAAGUGCAGUGGAGCAGCAGAAAGAAUAUUCAACAAAAGUGGAGCAGCUGUUGACCAGCAAGGAAGACUAUGCCUCAAAAUUGCAGGUUUCAAAUCAGGAGCUGGAGACCUCGAGGGCUUUGAUUGCUGUGAAUAAUCUUUGCAUUGAUGAGCUCAAAGCCAAGCUGAGUUCUGCAGAACAGAAGAAUCUCAGCCUCCUUGCAAAAGUUGAUGCUGCCUUGGACGAAAAGGGGCAGCAAGCCACAGCCCAGUGUGACUCUGCCCUACAAAUACAUGCACUGUUAGAGAAGCUUCAGGAGAUGGAGAAGGAAAAGGCAGAUAUGCAAAGACUCAAUGAUGAACGUGCAUCUCAGCUGAAAGCAGCAAAGGAGGAGCUGCGGCUGAAAGAACAGGCACAGAAGGAACUGGAAUCCAGAUACAAUCGCCUCACUGCUGACUCCAGAGAAGAAAGUGAAAAGCUGAUUGGGAGCCUGGAAACUAUGACAAAGGAAAAGGAUGCACUUCAGGAGGCCCUGACUCUGAAAGGAAAGGAGAUGGCUGAGCUCCAGACCCAGGUAAUGGGGUCGCUGGCUCAGGUGGGGUCACUGGAAAAAAGUCUUGAGGAAGCCAGGAAAGAAAAAGAGAAACUUGAGGAGGAAUAUGGUAGGAGGGAAGGAGCACUGAAGCAGGCAUCCCAGUCACAAGCAGAGCAACUUGCACUACAGGAGGGUCACUUAACAAAGGUGAGUCAGACUGUGUGUAGCCUUGAGGAGCAAAACCGCAAACUCAUGUCUGAGAAAGAGCAUCUCGGGCAGAAAGUUAAGGAGCUGGAGGAGCAGAUGGAGCAGCAAAACUCUGCAGUGACCGAAUUGGAUGAGGAGAGCAGGAAGCUGAAAGCAGAGAAUGUGAAUUUGCAGCAGUCCAAGAACAAGAUGGAAGCGAAGCUGAAAAAUCUGGAAGCUUCUAAAGCUUCCCUGGAAGCUGAGGUAGCCAGGCUGAGAGCCUCUGAGAAGCAACUUCAGAGUGAGAUAGAUGAUGCCCUGGUGUCAGUUGAUGAAAAAGAAAGAAAGCUCCGGGGCGAGAACAAACAGCUGGAUGAAGACUUGCAGAAUGCUAGGAGGCAAAGCCAAAUUCUGGAGGAGAGGUUGGAGGCUCUGCACUCAGAAUAUGAAGAACUAAGGCAAAGAGAGGAGACCACCAAGGAGACUUAUGCCUCACUUGAAGGACAGCUAAAGAGUGCCAAACAGCAUAGUUUAGAAAUGGAAAAAAGCUUGGGCACCUUGAAGGAAAGCAAAGAGUGUCUCCAGUCACAGGUCACAGAGAAGGAAGUAGAACUGCAAGGCUUGGAGAGCCAGUGUGAGCAGCUGAGAGCAGAAGCUGAAAGACACAGAAAGAAAGCAGAGACUCUUGAGGCAGAAAAGCUCAGUGUUGAAAAGACAUGCCUUCAUCAGACAAAGCUUAUAGAAUCCCUCACAUCAGAAAAAGAAUCAGUGGAAAAACAGCAACUACAGCAGGCAGCUUCCCUGGAGAAGGAGGCAAAAGAGCUGGUCUUCAGACUGACCAUGAGUGAAGAGCAGUUGGAGGUCAACCGAGGUGAAGUGUCUAGGCUGCAAGCAGAAGUCCUUGACCUGCGAGUCAAGCUUCAGCAGACCACUGAUGAGAGAGAGAGGAUGAGAGGUGAGCUGGCAGUCACUGUGACUGCCUUGAGUGAGCAGAAGGUGCUUGUUCAGCAGCUGAAAGAGCAGAGUGAGUGUCUCAACAGAAACCAUGUGCAAGAACUGCUACAAUGUAAAGAAAGGGAAGAAGUGCUGAAAAAAGAGCAGGAGACAACAGCCCAUCAAAAAGCUGAGUUGGAAAAUAAUUUGCUGAACUUGAAGGAAGAGCUAUCCAAGGUUAAGCAGUACUUGGAAAAUGCUAGAAUGGAAAAUGAAGAAAACAAGGAUCUCCUCCACAGGACCAACACAGAUAUGGCUGAACUUGGUAUUCAGAUUUGUGGCUUGUCCUCUGAAAAGAUGGAUGCAGAAGAGCAGUUAGCCCAGGCCAGAGAAAGGCUCAAAGAACUGGAAGAACAGGCGGCAGAGCAACAGAAGAAGCUGAAGCUUGAAAUCUCUAAUCUCAAAGAGGAGAACAAGAGCCUGCAAGAGAAAUUAGAGGAGGCUCAAAUAUGUGCCGCAGCUGUCCCAAAUCUGCAAUUGCAGCUGGAGACAGUAAAGAAACAGGCACAGAGUUUCCAAGAGACCAGCCAAGAAGAGCUGUCUGCAAUAAAAUUUCAAAUGAGCACAGAGAUUCUAAAUUAUCAGACAAAAUUCAAGGCAGUCAGUGAGGAGUGUGGGAAAGUGAGAGAGCAACUUGAGGAGCAGAAGCGACAACAGCAUGCUGUGGAGGAAGAGAUUACCGAGUUACAGGCUGCAAACACGAGUUUGUCCAGAAAGCUGGAUGAAGCAAGAGAGCAGCUGUCUGAGUCAGAAUCUGCUCGGCUGCAGAGGGAAGAAGAGGUGACAUCUCUUAGAGAACUCUUGGAAAGGAUCCAAAAAGAAGCUGAUGAAGCAAAAGAGAAGAUCCUGGAUUACACUGAGAAGCUCAGCAAGGUGGCAGCAGACAAAGACAGCAGUGACCAGAAAUUAUUUGCUGAACUGGAUGACCUGACAAGAACUAAACACUUCCUUGAAGAGCGUUUGAUAGAACUUAUCAGAGAUAAGGAUGCUUUGUGGCAAAAGUCUGAUGCUCUGGAGUUCCAGCAGAAGCUCAGUGCAGAGCAGAGGUGGCAGGGGGACACAGAAGUUAAUCAUUGUCUGGACUGCCAGAGAGUGUUCUCAUGGAUGGUGCGCCGACACCACUGCAGAAUGUGUGGUCGCAUUUUCUGCUACUACUGCUGCAACAACUACAUGGUGACAAAACCUGGUGGAAAAAAGGAGCGUUGCUGCAGAGCUUGCUUUAAUAAGCCUAGAGUCAUUGUGGACAGUACAGAUGACUCUGGAUCCAGUGCCAACCAGGAAGGAUCACCAGCUUCAUUGGAAUCGCCUGUGUCACCAUCUGAGAGGACUUUUGUUGCAAGUGAAGCCUCUAAACCACCAGAUGAUGCAGCAUUUGAUAUAAUCACUGAUGAGGAGCUGUGCCAAGUACAGGAAACAGACUCUCUCCACAAUGAAAGUCAGAUGGAAAGAGUGUCCCUGGAUCAAAGCAUGACAGAUUUAUGUGUUUGCUGGGCUAAGCAGCUGUUAGGGGCUCUGUACAGCCUCCACUCUCCGUUUCAGGUUUCUGGCUUUCACAGAAUUCGAAACAGUACAUGUAAUUCUUCAACCUUUGAUGAAUCUGAAGAGUGGCAACUUGCUCAAGAUGCUGAGAUAUGCUUGUUGAAGUCAGGAGAAAUCAUGAUCAAAUUACCCCUUACAGUGGAAGAGAUCAUAAACUUUGGAGAAAGCAACAAAGAGCUGUUCAUUAAAUCCAGCACCUACAGUAUCAUUCCCAUCACUGUUACAGAGAUGGGGCUAACAAUUAGCUGGAUCUUUUCAUCAGACCCCAAAAGCAUAUCCUUCAGCGUUGUCUACCAAGAAUCUGAAGACACACCACUGGAUCAGUGCAAAGUUCUUAUCCCUAUGACUCGCUGCAACUCUCAUAAGGAAACUAUCAGAGGACAGGUGAAAGUCAGAAACCCUGGAAUCUACACACUGAUAUUUGACAAUACAUUCUCUAGGUUUAUCUCAAAAAGAGUGUUUUAUCACUUGGCUGUUGAGCGACCCGUCAUCUAUGAUGGAAGUGAUUUUCCAUAGCCUUGACUAUACUGUGUUAUUUUUAAUUAAAUUUUUAAGAAAUUAUA